CUUAUCCCUACUACUUGAAUGAUUAUUUGUCUGAUCUUGCUAUUAUUGUCGUCUAAGAGAACUAAAACGAGGUCUAGUUUUUAUAAUCAGUAAUCAUGACACACAUUUAUCAUCAUGCAAAGUUUAGAUGGACAGAAAAUUUGACUUUGAGAUUUAUACGAUUGCGAAAAGAAAAUGGUAAAUUAUUUACUGGACGAAAGUAUUCAGCCCAAGCCGGUUGGGAACAUAUAUUGGGACAAAUGAAAAGCGAGUUUCCGACGAUAAUGGCCGACGUUCAUUAUAGAGUUUUAAAGAAGAAAUGGUCAAACCUACUGCAGCAGUACAAAGAGCUAAAGAAUCCAGUUCACGGAGAUAAGAACAAUGCGGAUGACGUUUCCUGGCCGUUCUACAGCGCACUUGAUGAAAUAGUUACCAGUAGUAAAACUACUCAGUUCAAUAAAAAAAUUAUUGACCAAGACAGCCAACAAGUUGAUCCUCAUGAAUUCCUAUGCGUCUCUGUAAGUUCAUCAGACGACCAGUCUCUAGACAAAAUUUCUCCAUGUUCUCCAAAAAGUUCAUCAAGAUCAAGUAAAAUAAUGAAUUCAAACUUACCGCCAGACGUCACAACCAUAUCUCGGAAACGUAUUAGAGAAUCUCCUUCAGUUGACGAAAGUCAGCUACCUCAAGCGCCAUUAAACUUUCGGAGCAACACAUAUGGAGUUAAAACAAAAAUUGAAAUGACGCCGUUAGUCAAUGUCAGAGACGUAACCAAGUUAAGGCGUAAAAUUACGGAAAAUCAUUCUCGAGUUCCCCAACAGCAGCAUCAGCAACGACAGCAGCUGCAUAUUAUUCGUACAGCAGUGAAUCAAGUUAAGAGGGCAAACCAGUCUCUUGACAGAGAACACAACACGAGACUUAAAAGAGUCUGCAAGACCUUGACUUCAGUCCAACGAAAUCAAACAUAUCCUCCAAUGUCCACGUCAUCAAUGUUAAAUGUCAAUGAAAAUCAUCACAGCGAAUUGAUAAGAAAAUUAAAUGAAUUCUUUGUUUACACCAAAAGACGUGACGAAGAAAAUCGUAUUAUUCUGAUAAGAAUUCUCGAGUCAGUUGAAAAAAUAGCCAGCAAAAUUGAUUAGUAACAUUAAAUAUAUUUAAUGUUUUAUAAAUUAUAUAUGGAAAUUUAAUUUAACAUUUACCUUAGAGUGAUUCAAUAGAGCCUCAGGUAGCAUUAAUUACCGAGGGUUCAUUUUUUUCCUUUCUUUCUUUCUUAUUAAUUUUAACAUCAAACGCGAAGCCAACGAGUGCGUGUUACCGUUUACACAGAGUCAACACUCGACACACCAACAACAUCGACAUGUGUGAAUAUACAUGGAUGUUUAUUAUGAAUGUGAUAUGUACUGAUGUAUAUUAAUGUAUGUGGUGUAAAAUAUAUAUGUAUAUAUACGAGGGGAGCGUGGAAGCGUGCACGUGGCUUACAUCUGCUUCUCAGCUUCUCCACGUUCGACGGGUGACCCUUUGCUGACCCUUACCAAGUACCAAUAAUUAACUGUACUGUGAGGGCACAACCAGCACAAGUUUUAGUUGUCUUGAGAGCGAUAUGAGUGUGGAGCGCAUUCGUGCGCAUACUGUUUGCUGGUGUGCUUACGUCACACACAAUCUCCUCUCGCGCUCUCACGAUUCUCUUAUUAUUAUUAUACAUAUUACACCCAUAUGAUUUACAUUACUGAAUUCAAAUAUUCAAUUUACUUUUGAAUAAAAUAUCAAUAUCAUUAUCGUAAUAAUCAUAAAUAAUACUAAUGACUAGGGAG